AGACUUCCCUCUCUCAUUAGUUUCUUCUGGAUUUAUUAAGAACAGAGAAAGUAAUUAAGAUAUAAGAUGAAGAUGUGUGCAUUGAGGUUCAGUGUGCGUUUAAUGUUUACUAUUCUAUGUUUGUUCUUCAGUCAUUCUUUGUCAAAGCUUGAAAGGUUGGAGCAUCCGGUGACGAAAUCUGAUGGCUCGUUGAACAUACUAGUCGUCGGAGAUUGGGGACGACAAGGAGCUUUUAAUCAAUCUCUCGUUGCUCAUCAGAUGGGAAUCGUGGGAGAGCAACUAGACAUAGAUUAUGUGAUAUCAGUGGGAGAUAAUUUCUAUGACGACGGUUUAAAAGGAGACACUGAUCCUGCUUUUGAAGCUUCAUUCUCUCAUAUCUACACUCAUCCUAGUCUCCAAAAACAGUGGUAUUCUGUUUUGGGGAACCAUGAUUACCAAGGAAAUGUUGCAGCACAACUAAGUCAUGUUCUCACCCAAAAAGAUUGGAGAUGGUUUUGUCGUAGAUCUUUUGUCUUACUCUCAGGAAUGGUGGAGUUUUUCUUUGUGGACACAAAUCCAUUUGUAGAACAAUACUUCACAGAUCCAGAAGACCACACUUAUGAUUGGAGCAACGUGUUACCCAGGGAUAGAUAUAUCUCUAGCCUCUUACAUGAUUUAGAUUUAGCGAUGAAAAAGUCGCGUGCCACAUGGAAAUUUGUCGUGGGACAUCAUGGGAUCAAAACCGCAGGUGAGCAUGGUGUGACCCAAGAGCUUGUCGAUCAACUUCUUCCAAUUCUAGAGGAGAAUAAAGUGGACGUGUACAUGAAUGGACAUGAUCAUUGCUUGCAACACAUUGGGUCCAACGGUGGAAUUCAAUUUCUGACAAGUGGAGGAGGAUCAAAGGCAUGGAAAGGAGUUAUUCUACCAUGGGAUCCAAAAGAACUCAAACUCUAUUACGACGGCCAAGGUUUCAUGUCUAUUCACAUCACUCACUCUCAAGCCAAGUUCGUCUACUAUGAUAUUUCGGGCAAUGUUCUUCAUCAAUUCACCUUGUCCAAGAAGUCUAAAACUUUUGGCCACUAUUAAAAGAUUAUUCCUCUAAAGACGGAGAGAGUGAUUCAAGCAUAUUUUUAAUUUGACUUUUCUUUUCUUUUUGAGCAAAUUUGAGAUUUCUUAUUGUAAGAUGUAUCGUAUCCAUUUCAAUUGUUGUGCGGAACAUCUGAGAUCAUCUGAUGCGCAUAUCAUUGAUUUUUUCUGCUUCAAGUUAUUGUAAUUCUACUUUUCAAAAAAAAGUUAUUGUAAUUCUAUAAAACUCUAUAUAAUUGCUAAAUUGUGUGA